AUGGCGCAUCAAGAAACCGCCGCCUCCUCCACCGGAGUCCCUACGAACUCCGUUUCAACGCCGUCGCUCAUUCCGCCAGCCCUCAAGUUAGUAAUUUCGAAUCUUAAACUUCUUGUUCCUCACGCUCUUACGCCGGAUAAUUUUCCGAUAUGGAGCACGCAAAUAGCUAAGUUGUUCAAGGCGAACGGAUUUGCGAGCUUUUUUGAUUCCUCUGUCGCGCAAGAAAAUGCCGAUCCGAAUCAAGAUCCUCAAAUAAGCCGCAUCACCGAUCAAAAUCUUGCAAUGGCAAUGUGUUCAACCAUUUCGCCGGCGGUUCUACCGUACGUCAUCCAUCUCGAAUCAACGAGCGAAAUCUGGACGACUCUUCAUACAAGAUUUCAGUCGUCAAAUCGAUCCAAAGUGAUUCAGCUCAAACAUGAGUUACACAACGUUUCGAUGCAAAAUUCAUCCAUGACUCAGUAUCUCACUGACAUAAAGAAGAUCGUGGAUCAGAUUUCGUCCGCAGAGUCGUCUGUCGAUCCGGAAGAUGUAAUCAUAUACAUCUUGAAUGGUCUUCCUCCCGAGUAUCUGCCGUUCACAACGAGCAUACGCACGAUGCAAGGUCCCUUGUCCCUGGAUACUCUGUACGCGCUCCUUAUGAGUGAAGAAAUUCAUCUCAAAACAGCUGCACUCAAGUAUCCUAAACCACCGGACACACAAUCGGCUCUCUACACGUUCAGAGGUCAUGGUCGCUGUGGUCGAGGACGAUCGGGUCAAGAGCAUCCUCCGCCAAGCAAAUCUUCCCAGAAUUCGGGCAUCAUCUGUCAAAUUUGUAAAAAGAAAGGGCAUCUCGCUGACGCGUGUUGGCACCGGUUAAACAUCAACUACGUACCGAAUUCUACAAACACUUCUUCAAAACAAAACCCGGCAUUGGUAGCUACCAAUGACAGCAAUUCGGCGGUUGAUUGA